AUGAUCACAUUACUUCCUCCGAGAUUAAGAAUCAUCAACUUUCCCAAGUCUCAUAUAGCGCAAGUAACUCAUGCCAUUGUCAAGAUCCUCCUAUUCACAGACACAAAUGCAAACGAAUACUUUUUCUCCUUCACUGAAAAUGCGUAUGGUAUCUCAAUUGUAGCUAAUGAAAAGGCAGUAGAGCAAGAUUUCUUACCUGCCCUGGAGGCAGCCAGUUGUCCCGUUCUCGAUGUCGCGAGUGGUGUAUUUCGAGUAUUGCAGGUGGAUGAAGAGUACGGCCAAGAGCUCGGCGGUAAACGUAUCAGCGAAAUAUCAGAGCCAUUGGCAGAAGGACGAUUCUCUAUUUUAUACAUAUCCACAUAUCAAACAGAUUUUGUGCUCGUCAGUGAGCCGAAACUAUAUCAAGUGAUGCAGGCACUAAGAGAGUAUGGAUGUGAUGGUCUAGAGACAUACGGUGAAGACGAAUAUUUGAAUAUACCCCCAACAACAACAGUAGAGGAGGAGCAGGUAGAAUCAGAAGAGCUUGAAUCUGCAGAAUGUCUAUCGCCAGUGGAUCCAACGCAGUUUAUGUUGGACAUCAAUGUGCUAGUGAAUGAGUUACAGUGUGUGGGAUUGAAUCGACAUCACAGAUCAGGCUGGGUUCAUACAGUACUCAAGACACUGUGUUAUCCUGAUCUAGUCCACAGUGGAAACGAUGCUCUUGAUAAGCGCUUUUGUUCAUUCGUCAACACCAACGAGGAUGUGUCACUGAUAGCAGAUACACAGAUACUGGACACAUUUCCAGAGAGCGCACUGAUGAGAGACCAAGAUGCGGCUGGACUGCGCGUCAUUCAGGUCCAUUUCUCUGGAUCCAACAUUGAGCGAUGCGGUAUCGUGCGCCAUGUGUCCAAGCCUUUAGCCAUUGAAGCCAAAAUCAACAUGUUUUACUUGAGUACGUUCAAGACGGCCAACAUCAUUGUUUCCACCGGUGAUCUGGAUCGAGCUGUUGCCAUUCUUGCACCAUCAAAGACCAUCAACUAA